CUUGUUUGUUCCUGCCGGAAAACAUCGGGUCUAAACAUCCAACGCCGCACCUACCAUUCAGCCAACGUCGGUGUAUCACUUCGCCCAUCAUGCGUCCCACCGCUGCACGUCUAGAGGGAAUGCCUGGACCUAAAACAUUUUGCCCUUGGUGGGGUGACACCAGCAUGCAAAAACAGAGAGGAGUGGUUGUUUACAGCGUCUCUCCAUUCAGACAGCGGGGCUCAAAAGCCGUAAUUAGAGGCUGGCUAUUCAACGGCUACAGGCGUCUUGCUGCCCAAGUUCCUUACUGGAUAGUCCCCUUUGCUAUUGGAUAUGGAACAUACACUUGGGCCAAACGCCGUGACGCUUGGCAGAACAGCAAGGCUGGACAUCUUGCGCUGGGUGGUCACCACUGAGGCAUCAUGUUAGAUUCGCCAGUUCUGAAAUAGACUUGUUUUCUUUUCAAAGCACACGUCUUCCUGAUAAGUAAUUGGGCGCGUGUCUUAACCGGAUUGUUCGUUUCCCUCUCGAGUUGGCUGAACUCUAACUCCUAUACGUAACUUGAUGAUACCAUACCAGUAAACGGUGGCCUAAUAUUCGUCAUUCUAAGGAGCAAUCUGACCUGAACGCUAGUGAUUUGUGUAACCUUGGGAAGUCAUCAAAACGGCUCCGAGUCCUG